AUGGAAGAUCAAGCUAAGGCAGUGAAGAUGGAUAGUAUCCGUUCGGACCUCAAUGCACUUAUCGCUGACAUCGCCCUCAACUCCGACCUGCAACCAAUUACGACUCCCUGCCUUGAAUCUCCUCCCUCUCCCACGAAAUCCUCCAAGUCGGGUAAAACCGCUAAAAACAAAUCUCCCUUCUCUCGUCUGAAAUUCAAGAAAAAAGGUUGGACUAAACUACCCGAUUCGACCCCACUCGAAGUCCGACGCGGCUCCACCGACCCACUUCUCCGUCGAGGUUCCUCAGGCAGCGAUACGACCUUGGUUGAAGACGUUGGCGAAUCCGCCGCUGAUCUUCUCGGCCAAAUGGCGCCUCUCGUCUCUGCCCUUCAAACCCUCUCUCCGAAGAUGUCGACCAUCAAACCGAUCCCAGCCGAUCUUAGGGAGUUGUUCGAUGAGGCAUGUCAAAAGUUGACGGACUUGCUUGAGAAGAAGAGAGCGGGGGUUGAGGAAGGAAAGGGUGAUGAGCUCGGGAUGAGUCGUCUACUUCUUGAUGCCUUGUUGAGGAAAGUACAAGCUGAACGAUUGACCGUGGCUCGCGCAGCUAGCCCGUUGGUCAUGCAAAGCGCCAAUCCGUUCGUCAUUCAUGCUGCCGCACUAGGCUCGACAUCGACGAUCAGUAAUGGUAGUGCGGCCAGUAGUAUCUUGAAUGGAGGAAGUAGAACUAUCAGUUCUCCAGCAAGGAUCGCGCCCGUCACCGGGACAAGUGCUGGGGGAUAUACGAGCUUUGCUAGUGCGAGUCAGAGUGGAGCUUGGGGGAUGAAUGUGGUCAGAUUGGGAAGUUUUCAAGCUAGUGCAUUGUUCAGCCCUAGUCCUAUCGCGGUGCGCAGAGCUGUAUGA